CCGUCUUUCUACUAUCCUCCUGUGCUGUGUUCAAGCGAAAAAGUGAUGGUUUGAACAUUCGUGAUUCCGCUUGGCUGCUUUUGCUACUUAUUUAUUUUGUUCGAUUUCCGGCUUAUUUCCUGAAUCGCCCGAUGCUAACUCGUGGCUCAGGAUGAUGGUUUCUACAAGUGCCUACUGAUCUGACCAGCGAGUGCUCUUCCGUCCAGUGGUUUCAGUAAUAAAUAAUAAAUAAAAAUGCAACAAAAAACCCAACCACCGUCACCUUCGUCCUGCAAUGGCAGAGGAUCGGUAACCAAUACCGAAACGGACGGUUCGCGAUUGAGCAACAUGGCCAAGCAGCCGCUGGAGUUUCUAACCCGCACCGACGAAGGAAACUUCACCGUUACCAAUUCCGACAUCGUUUGGACCGUCAUCUCGAUUCUCAGUCGGAUCGUAAGCAUUUUCCUGAACAUCAAUCUUGCCUACGACUACUACCGGAAGGGUAAGAUUGACUACUUCAUCUGGACAACGUGCUGCAUUGUGAUUCCUGGAUGCGUUACCAGUGCUUUAACGGUUUACAUGUAUUUGGAGGACAUGAAGGAAAACAAAAAGGUUCGUAAACGAUGUUGCGAAAUAUUCAUCUUCGUCGUUAUAGUUCCGUUUUUCUUCCGUUACUGCCAAUCGCUUGCUUACGCCAUCCACAGUAAGAUAGCAGAAUCGCGAAAUGAUCGCGAAACGCAGAAAAAGUAUUACGAAUUCUUGAUCCAAGAGGACAGCGAUGUUGCACUGGUGAGAAUUUUCGAGUGUCUUCUCGAGGCGGCACCACAAAAGAUCCUCCAGCUGACGAUAGUUUUAUCGGGUGAGGAUCGAAUGACUUGGCCACAGUUACUGGCUAUUCUUGGUUCUAUUACCGGGAUCGCUUGGUGUUUAGCUUCCUACUACCGGUGCAUUCGAUUUUCGCAACCAGAUAAGCGUCACGUUUCCUGGCUGGGAACCAUCUCGCAAAUUGUAUGGCACUUUUCAGUGACAAUCUCUCGAGUCCUGGCAAUUGCGAUCGUUGCGAGUAUAUUUCCGAUGUACAUGCUGAUAGCCUGCGUUGCACACUCAUUUACCAUGACUCUGUGGAUAUUCUUCUUCGAUCGUUCGCCAUUUUGCAGCGCUACGAUGCUACAGAGCUUCCUGUUCUCUCUUGUACUGGGAGUGGUAUUCAUCUUUACCUACAUUUUGCCACGGAUAGGACGAACAUUUCAUCGCUACCUCAUGUACUACAGUCUGUGUGGAGUGGAAAACAUCGCAUGUGUGAUAGUAUAUCUCUAUUUUGUACAAAACAGCACCAUUAAAAACACCUACUACCUGUCCGUACUGUGCGUGGCCUCGAUCGUACCGUUCAUAGUCGGAAUUGUCUGUAUGAUAGUCUAUUACAAGUACUUCCACCCAAACAUUAUGUCCCGGAAACAGCUCACCGAGUAUGCGCACAGCGACGGAAGUUGUGCCGCCGAAAAUUGCACUGGAUGUGCGAACAGCGAGCAGGUGGCAAAUGACGUCCCGGAGGAUACAACCGGCAGACCGUGAAUGUGAUUUUGACUGAUGCAAACCAACACUACCAGGAGUGAUCGUUAGUAGUAUUAAUAGAUAAAAUACUCGUUAUAUGUGUAAUUUUUUAACGAAAGUUGUGUAUUGUGUUUUUGUUUUCAUUGAAUUUCGACAUAUCAGACUGUACCGGUUUCAAAUACCUCUGACCAUUUCAGCCAACACUGAAAAGUGCUCGAUAUUAACAAAGCAUUUAGAAUUCACAUAUCUUUAAACAAACAAACGCAUUUUAGAAUAAAUUGUAUUUUGAGAAUUU